GCAGGGUCGUCACAAGCGUGGAGAGUGCGAGUGCACGCAUUUUGGCGCCGACGCUGGUCACGUGGGCAGCGAUUUUGUGCACAGAGGAGCCCAUCGCGGACGGGGGGCGUGCGCACAGGUAUGCUCUCAGGUGCGGUGUGCAUGGGGACUGAGGCGUGUAGAAGGCUCUGAGCACACUAGAUGUGCACCUGGGUUGCGUGGUUGGAGAGCUAAGGUGGCCUGGGCGAGACUGUGAGUGACGUUGAGCACGUGCGCAAAGGCCAGGCAUGUUGCCGCUCAAGAAUGUGCACGCGGAAGGCCUCGGCGACACAGGAGAGGAGUGCAGGGUAGACGAUGGGGGUGCGUCAGCCGCCGCGUCUCCUCCUUGCCGAUCUUCUGCGUCGCACGUCAUGCGAGAAGCUCCCCGUCCUAUACCGCUCAUACAGCAGCCAAGGGUGGAUGGGGGCGUGACGCCGGGGGAAGGCAAGGCCGGCCAGUGCGCGAGGAUGCGGAUGCGGAUGUGGCAGCGGCGGCCUGGUCGAGGAGGGCGGCGCGUAUGUGAGCGGUGCUCG